CACGGGAUGCGCAGGCGGGCGCCAUAAAAAGGCCCGAAGGCUCAUCCCAGGGAUUUUGUUUGAAUCUGCAGUGAAAAUAAAUCUGUUCCACUCCCUGCGUUUUCUCUCUGAACCGCGCGGCCCAGUAUUCCGUACAGCGUGCGUUGGGUUCUGACGUCGCUUUUUUACAAUUUACGGCGGAGUUCCCCGAUUGCGGUCAUUUGCGUCUGAAUGACGUGGGUUUGAGGAGAAGGUCUUUGAAAAAGGACGCCCACGGCGAGAGAGCGGAAAGAGCCCAGAGUGAGCAUUGGCCCUGUGAAAACGACGCGUCUGCUGCCCUUCUGGCAUUAGCGACGGCAAACGGGUCACAAGGCCGUCGCCUGAGAUCAGUUCUGCACUUAAAAACAGCUUGCCGGGCUGAUUGCUCCGUCACCAUUUACGUUACUGCAGGCAAAAGCCACCGCUGCUUAUCCCAUUACUACAGCGAGAUUUUGAUGAUUCUUCAUUAUAAUGCUAAUCCUUUCCAAAAGUGUCCAGGAAGCGCACAGCGUCGUAAUUUAAGGGUUAGUUGUGAGUCCUCGAUUGGCUAGAGAGUGCGCAGCCCCUUGAAUAAGGUCUAAACUGGAUGCUGAUUGAAAGUAAAUCGCAAAAAGCCAGAGGACACAGAGGCUGCCUCCAGGACUGGGGGUUUUGACGCCCAUGCACAAACAGGGAAAAAGAAACCACAAAACCCUCUGCAAUCUCAUCAGCCAGUGGAAUGUGUCCUGUGUGAAUUAAACCCAAUAGAAGAAGCCCAUAGACUAACCAGGAAAUCACAUUCACAUCAAAGCUCUCAGUGAUGUGUGUUUUAUGAGCUGUUGGAAGUCUCUCUCUCUCUCUCUCUCUCUCUCUCUCUCUCUCUCCCUCUCUCUCUUUCCUCUCUCUCUCUCUCUCUCUCUCUCUCUUUCCUCUCUCUCUCUCUCUCUCUCUCUCCACUCCCUGAUCUGUUCAGCCUGGCCUCUGUCCAACACCACACCUCCUGCUGCUGUGGGCUGAACCAGGAAGUCACUCCCCCUCUCUCUGUCACACAGUUUCAGAGAAACAAAACUGAACUCUGUCAGUGUUAGCAGUAAAAUGGCUGAAGGUGGAGUUUUACUGGAUCAGGACCAGUUGAGCUGUGCAAUCUGUCUGGAUCUACUGAAGGAUCCGGUGACUAUUUCCUGUGGACACAGUUUCUGUUUGGGCUGUAUUAAGGACUGCUGGGAUCAGGAUGAUCAUACUGGUGUCUACAGCUGUCCCCAGUGCAGAGAGACUUUCGCCCCAAGGCCUGUUUUAAGAAAAAGCACUAUGCUGGCUGAAGUGGUGGAGAAACUGAAGAAGACAGGACUCCAAGCUGCUCCUCCUGCUCACUGUUACUCUGGACCUGGAGAUGUGGCGUGUGAUGUCUGCACUGGGAGAAAGCGCAAAGCUGUCAAGUCCUGUCUGGUGUGUCUGGCGUCUUACUGUGAAACUCACCUCCAGCCUCACUAUGAAUCUCCUGCCUUUAAGAAACACAAACUGGUCAAAGCCACUGGAAACCUGCAGGAGAACAUCUGCUCUCAUCAUGACAAACUGCUGGAGGUUUACUGUCGUACUGAUCAGCAGUGUAUCUGUUAUCUGUGUACGAUGGAUGAACACAGAGGCCAUGAUACAGUCUCAGCUGCAGCAGAAAGGACUGAGAAACAGGAACAGCUGGGGGUGACACAGAGUAAAUUCCAGCAGAUAAUCCAGGAGAAAGAGAAGGAGCUGCAGGAUCUGAGACAGGCUGUGCAGUCAAUCAAGCGCUCUGCACAGGCAGCAGUGGAGGACAGUGAGAAGAUCUUUAAUGAGCUGAUCACCUCCAUUGAGAGAAGGUGCUCUGAAGUGAAAGAGAUGAUCAGAGAUCAGGAGAAGGCUGAGGUGAGUCCGACUGAAGGACUCCUGGAGCGACUGGAGCAGGAGAUUGCUGAGCUGAGGAGGAGAGACGCUGAGCUGGAGCAGCUUUCACACACAGAGGAUCACAUCCAUUUCCUCCAGAGCUGUCAGUCUCUCUGUGCCCUUCCUGGACCUGGAGACUUACCCAGGAUCACUGUUGAUCCACACGUCUCUUUUGAGGCUGUGAGGAAAUCUGUCUCUGAGCUGAAAGAGCGACUGGAGGACGUCUGCAAGGGAGAACUGAUAAAAGUUUUUACAUCAGUAAAGGGAGUCUAUACCACAAAACUCAUGACCAGAGGGGAUUUCACACAAUGUGGAGGGUUUGGGGAUCCCAGUGAUGUUGCGGCCUGGGCCAGCGGUUCCGGUGCCACGCCCACCCCCACUGGCCCCGCCCACCCUGCCACUCCCAGAUUUGGCUUCGGCUACAGUCGGUAAGACCUGCAUCCACAGCCUCACACAGCGCAGGCCCGCGGGGCCUUUUAGUCGUCGGAUCUGAACGGGAGUUUUAUGCAGCCAGUCAGAUCAGCUCAGAAACGGGGACUGCUGAAGGUAGCGAGCCUCUCAAGGCUCAUACGUCCCUCCCCCACCUCCCGCCCCCCCCUCACUCAGAAUUGUUUCUGCUGCUCCAUGUCCUCUCACAGGUUGGUCCGCUAGCUGGCAGCUCCCACUACGAACGCUCACACUACCUGUAUCCAGCCAAAACCCCCAAGUGCCUCACAAUGCUUUGCUUGGCAGGGCGGCAGUGAGGCAUGAUGGGUAAAGAGCUGGUCAGGAAAAUGGCGAGCAUUGUUGGGCUGAAUGGCCUGUUCUUGUCAUUAUGUUAUGUUAUGUUAUGUUAUGUUAUGUUAUGUUAUGUUAUGUUAUGUUAUGUUGUUAUGUUAUGUUAUGUUAUGUUAAAGAAAAAAGACAGGACAUGGCAUCCCGGUCAGACGAAGGGCAGUAGAAAUCACUCCCUUAAAUUACGUCGCGUGACAUUCAUUUGGCGGAUUCCCGUCGUCCGCGGCGACCGACGACGCAGCAGAACGUAACGGUGCUCACCUGCCCCGCUGUAAAUAAACACGGACCUCUCCUCACGCCGCAGGCCCCCCAGCGCAGACGCCCCGGGACAGAAGCCCAUCCCAGGCCGCAGGAUCAUCAAGACCGCGGUCCGGCGGCGGAAAUGACCCGCGGGCAGCUCCUCACCUCUCGGACUCGCUCCUCACCUCUCAGACUCGCUCCUCACCUCUCGGACUCGCUCCUCACCUCUCAGACUCGCUGCUCCUCACCCCUCAGACACGCUCCUCACCUCUCGGACUCACUCCUCACCUCUCAGACUCGCUCCUCACCUCUCAGACUCGCUCCUCACCUCUCAGACUCGCUCCUCACCUCUCAGACUCGCUCUUCACCGCUCAGACUCGCUGCUCCUCACCUCUCAGACUCGCUCCUCACCUCUCAGACUCGCUGCUCCUCACCUCUCAGACUCGCUGCUCCUCACCUCUCAGGGGGGGAUUGAGUGGGGCGCCAUAAAAAGGCCCGAAGGCUCAUCCCAGGGAUUUUGUUUGAAUCUGCAGUGAAAAUAAAUCUGUUCCACUCCCUG